UGUACAUAAUAUAUGCACUUAAAACUCGUGAGAGCUUAAAAUAAGCUCUUCCUAUUCAAAAAUAAUAUUCUAUUCAUUUUUUUCUUUUAUUAUAUUUCUCAGAUCUCAGAUAAAUACUAAAUAAACAUCAUGAUGGCUAUUGUGCCAGAUCAAUCGAUUUUAGAUGCACUGAGAGGAUAUGCAAUCGAAAGCACAAAACAGCCAAUCCCACGUCUAGUUAAAAUCUACAUAUCGAGCACAAAAAAUGAAUUCAAAGAGGAGAGAAAAGUGUUAUUGGAAGUCAUUGGACCAGAAUUGCAAUCGAUUUACGAUGAUAGACAAAUUGAGAUUGAAUUUGUCGAUAUGCACUUUGGCACUGGUACAAGUCAUACAAAUACAAGUGUCGAUCUAGAUCCAUAUGUGCUUUACGAUCAUCUCAAUGAGAUACGAACUUGUCAUCGUGUGUCGAGGAGUAUUUUCUUUAUUUCAUUAAUCAGUAACAGUUUGGGUGAAUUUUGUCUGCCCGUUGAGAUACAGUCAGAUGUCUAUAAUGAAUUAAUUAAUCUACUCACACCCGAUGAGACUGAGCUAAUGAAAAAUUGUUAUAGAAAUGAUAGCAAUGCGGACAUUUAUUAUCUACAUACAAAUUUUAGAAAUUUAAAAUCUGAUGAAUGGAUAACACGAAGCGGUAAAUUACGAAAUAUUCUUGAAAACAAAUUUGAAGUGCUUCAUAGAACAACUCAUAGUGAGAGCGUGCGAAGUGCUCUCAAUUUCUACAGAGUGAGAGUCAUUGAAAAGGAGAUUAAAGUUGCACUAGAAUUUACAGCAAACAGAAUGCUUGCGGUGUUUCGGAACUGGAAACAUAAGCAGACGUCUAGUGAUAUUGAGCGAAUAAAAAGCUUAUUGAAAGAGAAACUUUCGAGUGACAAUCAUUCAACUUUGGAAGUUGAGCAUGGCAAUAACAAUGAUUAUGUCGAUCCAGAGGGACAUGACUCACAUGAAGAAUAUCUUGCAGCGUUUAAACGAACGUUAAUUGAAAAGCUUCGUGUGUCUAUUGAUAAAGACUUAAAAUAUGAUCCGGAUGGUGGAAAAGGGAAACGAAAGACAGUUCAGGCACUAACAAUUGUCUUCUCAUCGUUCCAAAAAAUGUCACGAAAUGACAUUGAAGCAAACGAAAUAUUUUACGAACAUUCCGUACAUUUAUCCUUUCUGAAUGAACAUUUGAAGUCUAAAAGUUUUAUAUCAUCAGCUGUGCCUGAAAAAAUUGAAGCUCAUAUCAAAUUAAAUUAUCGAAAUGGUGCCCGUCAUGCUCCAUAUUUUAUUUAUGGAUCUCACGGUUGUGGGAAGAGCUCAUUGAUGUCGAAAUUGUAUGUUGAAUGCAUAAAUUGGUUCACAAGUCCAAACGUGAAGGUUCACCGAUUAAUACGUUUUGCAAAAGCAACACCACGUUCUGCGUACAAUUUAGAGUUACUACGUGUGAUAUGUCAACAGAUAUCAAUCAUUUUGAAUAUACCCGAAGGUUACUUACCAAAAGACGCAUCAUUUGAUCCAUUGUACAUUAAUAACUGGUUUCAAAACUUGCUGAAACGCACUGAAGAUAUGAACAAUGAAGUGCUCUUCAUUUUUAUUGACGAUUUACAUAAAAUAAAUCCUCUGGAUUGCGAUAUUGUUGCUGCUUUGUCUUGGUUACCAAUUAGUUUACCAUGGAAUGUGUUCCUGAUAUGUACAGCACAGUCAAUGGAAAGCUUAAAAUUAAGUCCCAUACAACGUGAGCGAUUCAAGAGCUCUGAAUUCUUAUUCGACUUGACACAACACGAGAUGAAUAUUGUAAAGGAAGUUGAGAGUGAAACAUUUCAGAACUUUGUAAAUAGAUAUUUUGAUGAUCUAGAAGAGCGUUAUGGAACAAAAGGAAUUGCGAGAUUUUCAACAUAUUUAAAUUGUACAGAAUAUGGUCUUACAGAAACGGAAUUUUUAGAGCUUCUCAUGCCAACACAUGAUUCUGAUGCCAUACUUGAACCACAUUGUGGUGAAUUCAAUUUCUCGUCCUUUUGUAGUAUUCGAAAUGAUAUGGCGCCUAUGAUUCGAGAAAAAUUAAUGUCAGGAAAGUUAUUAAUUGAAUGGCGUCACGAUUUAUGUGCGGAAAUAGCAAAGAAGCGAUAUUUAAGCGACUUGGAAGUUCUUAUGAUUUCUCAUGCAGAAAUUGUCAACUUAUUCUUCCCUCAGGAAACAUCAGAUGAUAGUGAGGAAAUACAUAGUGAAACGAGUGAAAAAUCAGUAAACCAUAAACCCAUUCAUUGUGAUGAAACAAUAUCAACAAUAUCAACACAACAACCUAUACCUGGAUCAGAUAUCUCAUAUUCCAUAAGACAUGUAGAAGAAUCAUGGCAUCAUUUAAUUAAAUCUGAUGAUAAUAAGAAACUGAAAGAAAUUGCUGUCUGUAACUUUGACUUCCUUCUUGCCGCUGUUCAAACAGUAUCAAUUAGCUAUUUACGAUGUUUAAUUGAGCAUGUACGAUGCUAUAUAUUGGAUAGAGACAUUGAACUUGUUUACUAUACAAUUAGAAAAGCGAGCGAUGUUUUAACACGUGAUCCAAUGCAGCUUGGUGCACAGAUCAUAUCUUGGUUGCGAACUGUCUCAGCAUAUGAAGGUGAAAACUCCCUUUUGGGUAUAACAGUGCGUUCGGCAAUCGCAUGGUGUGACGGAUACACCGUUCCUUUGCUCGUACCGUUAACUGGCUGGUUGCCAGUGCCAUUGCCUUCACAAAUACGAUGUAUGACUGUUCCCGGAGGUGCAAUUACUCAAUUUGAAGUGUCACCAUGUAAGCAGUAUCUCAUACUAGCAAAGAAAGCUGGUGAUCCACAAUUGUGGCACAUAAUGAGCAAUACAUUAGUUGGAACAUUUAAAGGCAAUGGAGCAAUAACAUGUAUGAUGGUGCCAAAGAACACACAUGAUUUAGUGACAGGCUCGGAAGACACCAGCGUUAUAAUUUGGGACAUAAAGUCACAGGUUGUAAAGACGCGUUUAUGGCUUCACAUAGCUGCCGUUAUGUGUGUAACAAGUGCCAUGAGCAAUAGUCUGAUUGUGAGUGGCGGUGAAGAUUCAAGCAUAAUAAUAUCAUCGUACUUGACUGGAAAAUCUGUAAUGAAAAUUGAUCAUCAUCGUGGACCAGUUGUUUAUGUAGCAAUCAGUUCAACGAGUGAAGUUUUGGUAUCAGCAAGUCAUGAUGCAACUAUUUGUUUAUGGUCAUUGGAAACAUAUGAGCUUUUGAAUUUAAUGCAAUUUAACAGUCCAGUUCUCAAUUUUCGCUUAUCACCUGAUUCUGUUUUCUUGCUUGCUCACUGUGAAGAUAAUGGUCUUUAUUUACGAACUCUCGCAACUGGAACUGAGUUACAUCAGUUAAAAGGGCACAAAUCAAAGGUUUUAGCAUUUAGCAUUGCAGCCGACAGUCAGCGUGCGAUAGUCGGUUGUGAGGAUGCCAAAGCCUUAAUAUUCGAUAUGUGUUCGGGCAAAAUUAUUCGGACAAUGCCACCAAAUCCUGGCGCUGUCUCAGCGGUGUUUGUUAUGGAGAAGGAUGAUUAUUUAAUAACAGCAGGUGGAAAUAAAAUAACGUUCUAUUCAUUCCGCAAUGAAGAUUCGAUUGUUAACUACUAUCCAAAGAAAAAGGAGAAACGGAAACAUAGAAAGCAACUGGUGUCGACGAAUCGACUCAAUUUAAACUCUAAUAAUCAUCCAAUUUGUUGUUUUGAUAUUUCUCGUGACUCAACAAUGGCUGCAGUUGCCAUUAAACAUGGAAUUCAAAUCUGGCAUUUGUUAAACACACCGGAAUUGACAAACUCAUUCGAAGCACAUUCGGCUUCAAUCACAUGCAUCGCAUUUGCACCAAAUUGUGAACAUUUGGUGUCAGCUUCAGAUGACAGGACCGCAAUGGUAUGGGGACUUCAAUUUGGAAUAAUUCAAACUACUUUUAAAGCACACAAUGCUGCGAUAACAUGUCUAGUUGUAAUGAUGGACUCAAUUAGAGUUAUAACAUCAGAUCGCGAGGGCAUUUCCCAUGUGUGGUUAGCUGACUCUGGAACAAUAUUGCAGACUGUUCAAGGACCACACAAAUAUUUGGCUGUUACAAAUAACAUGAAAUUUGCAAUGAGCUCAAAUGGCGACAAUUCCUUAAGGAUAUGGUCACUAACUCGCGAAGAUGAGAAAUAUCACGUAUCGCAUACUGAUGAAAUCACAUGUUUUGUCAUAACUGCUGAUUCACUCCAUGUAAUAACAGGUUCGCGUGAUAUGUCACUCAAGGUGUGGCAAUCAACAGGAGGAAAAUUGGCACAGGUGCUCGUUGGACAUUCGGAUGCUGUUCUCACUGUUGCUGUGUCUGUUACGAAUAAAAGUCAUGUGAUAUCAGGAUCAAAGGAUUGCAAUUUAAUCUUAUGGGAUUUACACACUGGCGAGGAAAUACACACAUUAGCUGGGCACUUAGGACCUGUCACAUGCGUCAAAGUAUCUGCUGAUGGCACAACGGCAGUAUCAGGUAGUGAUGAUAAAACGAUAAUUGUAUGGGAAACAGCAAGAGGUCUAGCAUUAACAUCCCUUCAACUUCAUGUUCAAUUCACACGUUUUGACAUAUCUCUCGAGUGCUCGAGAAUUUUAGUUCAUUUAACCGACAAUCCAUCAUUUCCGAUUAUUUGUUUACAUAAUUCACCAGCACAAUAUAUUAAAUUGCCAACAUAUUCGGCUCCAGCACGUGAUGUUGAGGAUUUACGACCAGCAGCUGCAAAACGACCAGCUAGACGAUUAUUGAAGAAGGAACUAUCAUUAGAUACUUACUCAUGGCAAAAGAAAUAUGCCCAUUUAACAUCAUCUGUAAUGAUGGCUCAAGUAGAUGAGAGGCUUAAAAGGCGAUUUAGUGUGUCAACCAGCAUGGAAGAAAUAUCCAAGAUUGCAGAAAUGAAGACUAUUGGAUCACAGGCAAACAUUGGAAAUCCGGAACAGGCGGCAUUAGCACAAUCUCAACAUUUUGAUCAGCUUGAAGCAUUAUGGAAUAAGAGGUCUCCACCACGACGACGAAUGAAUCAGUCGUUAUCUCGACAAUCUUCUCUUGCUGAGGACCGUAUCAACUCAUCAGACGAAGACGAAUUUUUAGAAGAGCGUUCAGGUACGUGCUCCAAUUACAUCAAUAACACUAGUGAUACUCAACCUAAUAUUCAUUCACGAGCAUGUAACAAAGACACAUGUUUUAUAAAACAUCAUCAACACAGCACAUCAUCCUUAAUGUCACUUGAAAAUAACAAUAGUAAUAACAAUAAUCAACCCGACUUAUUAAAGGACGUUCUUGCACAUUCAUCUCAUAUGAAAACAUCCCAUACUGAGAAUGAUUUGAAACACUUAACAAUUAAAUCAGCAUCGUUUGAUGUAACAAAAAGUGAAAGCUUUAGUAGUUUACGUAGUUGUAGUCAAAAGAGAAACUUUAAAUUUCCAUCCGGUUCCAUUAACCUUACAAAAAGUAGCAUCAACUAUAAUGAUGUAAAUAGAAUUAGAUUUAAAAGAAAACGUAAUCCUCUUGCACGAUCAUGUAUAUCACAAUAAAUUCUAAAACUUUAGUUGAUUUACAAUGUUAGAAAAUU